AGGCCCCGCCCCUCCAUCCCCGGCCGCCUUGCCGCUCAAGCCGCAGGCGCAGCGAUGGCGGAGGCUGUGGAGCGCACAGACGAGCUAGUUCGCGAGUACCUGCUCUUCCGCGGCUUCACGCACACGCUGCGGCAGCUGGACGCCGAGAUCAAGGCGGACAGGGAGAAGGGGUUCCGGGUGGACAAGAUUGUGGACCAGCUGCAGCAGCUAAUGCAGGUGUAUGACUUGGCUGCCCUUCGGGAUUACUGGAGCUACCUGGAGCGUAGACUCUUCAGUCGCUUGGAGGAUAUAUAUAGACCCACAAUCAACAAGCUGAAAACCAGCCUGUUUCGCUUUUAUCUUGUCUACACAAUCCAGACAAACAGAAAUGACAAGGCGCAGGAGUUCUUUGCAAAGCAGGCCACAGAGCUCCAGAACCAGGCCGAGUGGAAGGAUUGGUUUGUCCUGCCCUUCCUGCCAUCCCCAGACACCAACCCCACCUUUGCUACCUACUUUUCUCGACAGUGGGCCGACACCUUCAUCGUGUCCCUGCACAACUUCCUGAGUGUCCUGUUUCAGUGCAUGCCAGUUCCUGUGAUCCUGAACUUCGACGCAGAGUGCCAGAGAACCAACCAGGUUCAAGAAGAAAAUGAGGUUCUGCGCCAGAAGCUUUUUGCCUUGCAAGCCGAAAUUCAUCGGCUGAAGAAAGAAGAACAGCAGCCUGAAGAGGAAGAGGCCUCGGUCCAGCACAAAUUGCCUGCUUAUGUCUCCAGCAUGGACCGCCUGGGGGAUUCUGAGCUUGCCAUGGUGUGCAGCCAGAGGACUGCCUCCCUCUCCCAGUCACCACGAGUAGGCUUCCUGUCCUCACUGCUGCCUCAGAGUAAGAAGAGCCCCUCGAGGUUGUCACCUGCCCAAGGCCCCCCUCCAGCUCAGAGCUCCUCCAAGAAAGAGCCCUUCAGCACUCAGACCACCAAGGGAAAGGACUUGACAGCUGGGACCAAGGAUGGGAAGAGCCUCCUGGGCGGGCCCGGCCCUGGGGAAUUGAGCUGGGCUCAGCAGCGGCAGCGGCGUCUGCAGGACCAUGGCAAGGAGCGGAAGGAGCUCUUCUCCACUACCUCCUCCCAGUGUGCAGAAAAGAAGCCGGAAGUCAGUGUCCCAGAAGCUGAGCCCUCCCAGGAUCUCCAUACGGAGCCAGUGGAGCCACUCACUUGGGUGCCCACAGCCGGGCCUGAGGGAGCCGGAGGCCGCGCAGAGCAGCCCUUCAUUGUGCUGGGGCAGGAGGAGUACGGGGAGCACCACUCGUCCAUCAUGCACUGCAGAGUGGAUUGCUCAGGGAGGAGAGUCGCCAGCCUCGAUGUAGAUGGGGUCAUCAAAGUGUGGUCCUUCAAUCCCAUCAUGCAGACCAAAGCAUCCUCUAUUUCCAAGUCACCACUGCUCUCGCUGGAAUGGGCUACCAAGCGGGACAGGCUGCUCUUGUUAGGCAGUGGCGUGGGCACGGUGCGGCUCUAUGACACAGAAGCCAAGAAGAAUCUCUGUGAGAUCGGUAUCCACGACGACAUGCCCAGAAUCCUGUCUCUGGCGUGCAGCCCCAAUGGGGCCUCUUUCGUUUGCUCAGCCGCAGCCCCGAGUCUCACCUCGCAGGCGGACUCCUUGGCCCCAGACAUCGGCAGCAAGGGCAUGAACCAGGUUCCCGGCAAGCUGCUGCUGUGGGACACAAAAACCAUGAAGCAACAGCUCCAGUUCUCUGUGGACCCGGAGCCCAUUGCUAUCAACUGCACAGCCUUCAAUCACAAUGGUAACCUGCUGGUCACGGGGGCAGCGGACGGCGUCAUCCGGCUGUUCGACAUGCAGCAGCAUGAGUGCGCCCUGAGCUGGAGGGCCCACUGUGGGGAGGUCUAUUCUGUGGAGUUCAGCUACGACGAGAACGCUGUGUACAGCAUCGGCGAGGAUGGCAAGUUCAUCCAGUGGAACAUCCACAAGAGCGGCCUGAAGGUGUCUGAGUACAGCCUCCCCUCGGACGCCACCGGCCCCUUUGUGCUGUCUGGUUACAGCGGCUACAAGCAGGUGCAAGUCCCCAGGGGCCGGCUCUUUGCUUUUGACUCGGAGGGCAACUACAUGCUGACGUGUUCUGCCACGGGGGGCGUCAUCUACAAGCUGGGUGGUGAUGAGAAGGUCCUGGAGAGCUGCUUGAGCCUGGGUGGCCACCGGGCGCCUGUGGUCACUGUGGACUGGAGCACUGCUAUGGACUGCGGGACCUGCCUCACUGCCUCCAUGGACGGCAAGGUCAAGCUGACCACCCUACUUGCCCACAAGCUCUGACAGGUGGCCAAGGCACUCCGGAACCAGUGCAGAACACCCACUGCUGGCCCCUGCCGGUGCAGCGAGUCUGCAGGGAAAGACUGUGUGCUGCAGUGACUGCGACAGGAGCCUCUUGGGAAGGUGCUCAGUGGGUGGCAUGUGCUUCCCAGAGACCAGAAGGAAAGCUCAGGGACAAGGAAGGGUGCUGUGCGGGCUGAGGAGAGUGAUAGUAUUCUGUGUAUAUUUGCUCUUUGUCUUCUUUUUCUAUAAAAGAGAAUGCUCUUGCCAUCUGCUGGUGUCCCUUCAGAGGACGUGUGUGUCCUCUGCCCUGUGACCGCCAGCUGUGGCCUUCCUUCCCCAUCAACUCUGCCUGUUUUGUGCCCAACAGUUCCCUAGGGCUUUGCUGAGGGAAGAUGCGGGGCCUACAGUGUGCUGUGUUUCUGCCAGGCUCCAACCAAGACCUGGAUAUCCUGACUACCAGAGGUGCUGGCAUUUGUGACAGAAGCCUCUCAGGAUGGUGUGGGGGCUAAAGCCUCUGCUGAUGGCUGCUUCUUGCUAUCAGAUACCUGCUGUUCCUAGUGUCCCUCUCUGGGUGGCUCUUCAUCCUCUUGGCCUCAGUGGGGCCAAAUGAUGCGCACUGCCUGUGCCCUCUGCUGGUCAGUGUCACGAUGGUCAGCAGUGGCCAGAUUUUCUGGUAGGCACAGGGAUUGCCCGCCUGCUCUUGUACCUGAGCUGAGCCUGUGCUGGCUAGAUCCAUACCCCUGCCCGAGGCCUGCACCCUGUCCCUGAUCAGGCACCCUGAAGAGGCAGAUUCCCCACAGUUGGGAGCCACCAGCAUGUCCCUCUUGAGUUCCACAGUGGAGACAGCAGGCACCAUGGGAUUGGAGGACCUUGGCCUGGGGUUCCCACACUGGCAGGGUGAUUGUAGCUUGCCCAGAGUGCCACUGCUCCCUCCAGCUGCCCACAACCGUCACUUAGAGCACAGGGCUGGCCUGGGGCACCCCUGGGCACCUACUCUGGGGAAAACACUGGGGUCUUAAAGGCCGUGGCUGCCUUCCACUAGGACUGAGGAAGGUGAUGAGGACUUAAUGUGUGGGUGAGGCCUGAGCAGUAGGUAGUUGUCCAUUUCCAAUCCCGUGUGCCUCUCAAGGGAAGAAAACCCGGUCGUCUCCACCUGAGCUCUCCCACCUGAACUCUGAAAUAGUGGCCCCGCCCAUCCCACCCAGGGAGCCGAGCGGCCUUCCCCCAGGGCUUCCACCUCUCCUUUGGGCUGAGAGGUGUGAGGUCACCUACUCUGUUUCUCUGUGUCACGGCUCGGCUCGUUCCUUCACCAUAGUGCCCACAGCCAGCUACACGGGAAUCCUCAAAACCCUGGUCUUCCCUGCCCCCACCCCCCAGCAGAGCUCCUCUUCGGCUGCGGUGUGAAGAAUUCCACCUCUCCCUCGGGGUGCGUACUUGCCAUCCCCCCAAGAGCCCAAGCAGCUCCCUCCUCUGUCAUCUGAGGUAACAGGACUGAGGCAGGCGAAGCCUCGGUUCCCCCUGCAUACUUGCGCGGCGCAGAUCAGCCAGGCAGAUGCAUUUCCGGUUCUCUCCCUCAGGCACCAGCUGGCACUUCCUGCAGGCUCAGGCUCAGACCCAAAUCCAGCCCCUUGGUGUGGGAUUCACAUGACCAGGGCUCCACCGAUGCCUGAAGGUACAGCAUCCAUAGUGUGGACUGGCUCAGGAUG